AUGGGGCUGCGUGCCAAUGUGUCCACCUUCCAGACCACACUGUACAUCAUCCUUGUACUGCUGGGCAUCAUGGGAAAUACCACAGUGAUUUCUGCGAUUGGCAAGAGUGUGUUGAAAAACACAGGUGGAGGGCGUAACUCGGACAUCAUUCUGAUAAACAUGGCUCUGUCCAACCUGCUGGUGUUAAUAUUGAGGAACUCUCUGCUAGUCAUCUCAGACCUGGGACUGGAGCUAUACUCCUCCAAAAUGUUUUGUCAACUCCUCAUGGGGGUGUGGGUGUGGCUUCGAUCGGCCAACGUGUGGUCCACAUUCUACCUCAGCGCCUUCCACUUCCAGACCCUACGUCGCCUGGCUCCUUCCACAGGACACAUCGGUCUGCAGCGUGGAGCUCCCAAAUCCUUACUGCUGAGUCUGAGCCUUAUCUGGUUCCUCAACUACAUCUACUCCAUCCCUGCUCAUGUGUUCUCCACCAGGGGAGACCAGAACAGCACAGAGACACUGAUGAUGGUGAGCAGCACCACACGCCCUCUGCUGGGCUGUGUGUGGGACUUCCCCUCUGCUUAUAGUGGGCUGGCCUAUGCCACCACCUCCAUGGUGAUCCAUGAGAUUGUGCCUAUCAUCCUCAUGGCAAUCACCAACCUGGGCUCCCUCUACACACUCUACUCCCAUGUCAGGACACGCAAAUCCUCCACUCAAGCCCAGAUCGCCCCCAUCAUCAAGAGGGUGCCGGCUGAGAAGAGAGCCGCCAAGGUGAUUCUAGCUCUGAUCAUGCUCUUCAUUGUAUCCUGGGGGACAAGCAUAAUCUCAGUCAACUACUUCAACUACAACCGCGGCUCAUCCUCUGAAUUCCUGCUGGUCAUAGCUCGCUUCGCUAACAUAAUCUUCAUUGCCUUGUCACCCAUGGUGUUGGCUGUAGGUCAUCGGGGUCUACGGUCAUUCAUCAAGUCUGUGCUGACUCACUGACAGAUCUUACACUUCAGCCUUCUGUCCUUCUCUAUACACUGUCAGAUGAUAACAUUGAAUGAGUUCUGACAUUUUUCUCCCUCUAUCAAAAUGUUUUGUGUUGAUUCCGGUCUCUGCAACAAAACCCAUUUACUUAUUUGUGUUUUUCUGCAGCACACAUACAUUUCUGUUUUGAAGAUUAUUAAGAUGACCAAGUUCAAUGUUGUCAAAUUACCAAACAAAUAAAUGUGAAAUGUAAAGUUAUUACUUGUAAAGAUAAUUUAAUUCUAACAUUUAAUUUCUUCAACUGAAACAAUGUAUGUAGGCCAGAUACCUUUAACAUUUCUUCGCUAUCGUAAAUGUUCUUUUUGUCUUCAUUGUAUCAGUGAGGGAGUUACAUUCUUUCGUAACUAGUCUAGUAGCAGGUUGAAAAACGUGUUUGGGUUGAGGUAGAAUUAUCAGGGGCUCCUUUGGCACUGAGAACCCUAUGCACAAGUUACUAAUAUCUGACUCAAUUCAUUUCCAUUCCCUUUAUUGAUCCCAAAUGAAAUGCAAGUGUUCAGGUAAUACCAUUUAUACAAUUACAGAACAAGUAAAAUACAGAGGUACCACAUAUAAUACAAACAACAGUAGCAAUUAAAUAUCAGAAUAAUGGAAGCUAUUCGAUCCACCUAGGAUUAUAUAACAGAAUGAAUGUAGGUUACAAUAUCUGUAACUGUAAAUCUGUC